AUGUCUGCAGUGAAAGUCAUGCUGUGGAUGUGUGUGUGUAUUUGUGUGAUUCUUACUGCUAAAGCUCAAGACACUAUGACCAACAGAGAUCAAAACAAUAAUUCAGAAAAACAGUCUCUCUCUCAGAUAGAAGUCCAAAGUAUGCGAGUGGACUGCAAGGUCGCAUCUCGUUUUGCUCACACAGUCAUGACCACCAAAGCCCUGAACACAGCCAAUGCAUCACAGGAAGUGUUCUUUGAGGUGGACUUACCAAAAACGGCCUUCAUCACCAACUUUAGCAUAGAGAUUGAGGGCAGGAUAUAUGUCAGCGAGGUGAAGGAAAAAGAGCAGGCCAGGCAGCAGUAUGAGAGUGCUGUGUCAUCCGGCCAAACUGCUGGCCUGGUUAAGGCUUCGGGAAGGAACAUGGAGAAGUUUUCUGUGUCCGUGAACAUCGCACCCCAGAGUCGAGUCACAUUCACUCUUACUUACGAAGAGCUGCUGCAACGCCAUCUUGGCAGCUAUGAGAUCAUGAUAGGUGUCCGACCGAAACAGCUGGUUCAGAAUUUUGAGAUUGUGGUAGAUAUCUAUGAACCUAACGGAAUUGCGUUUGUGGACAUCAACGGGACAUUCAUCACCAAUGAACUGCUGCCUCUAGUGAAGAAAACUGUUACUGAUAAAAAGGCACAUGUGUACUUCUCUCCUACACUGGAUCAGCAAAAGACAUGCUCAGCCUGCGAAGAAACAUUAAUUGACGGAGAUUUAUUCAUCAGAUAUGAUGUGAACCACCCACAGGAUAUAGGUGAAAUUCAGAUAAUAAAUGGCUACUUUGUACACUUUUUUGCCCCAGAUGAUUUGCCACAAAUACCUAAAAAUGUGGUAUUUGUGAUAGACCGAAGUGGCUCCAUGGAGGGAGAGAAGAUGAAACAGACUCGAGAAGCUCUGAUGACUAUAUUAAGUGAACUGCAUGAAGAUGAUUACUUUGGGCUGGUCACGUUUGAUGACACUAUAGAGUCGUGGAGACCAUUUCUUAGCAAAGCUACACCAGAGAAUGUGACAGAAGCGAAAGAAUUUGUCAAGACUAUUGAAGCAAGACACAUGACUGAUAUAAACAAUGGCCUUUUGUAUGCGGUGGACAUGCUUACCUCAGAAAAAAGUGACUCUUUCCCAGAUAUGUCCAUGAUCAUUCUACUCACUGAUGGCCGACCCAGUUCUGGCCAGCAAGAUCUAUCCAAAAUCCAAGAAAAUAUCCAUAAUGCUAUUAAUGGAAGCAUGAGUCUCUUUUGUUUGGGCUUUGGCUAUGAUGUGGACUACAGCCUUCUGGACACAUUGGCCAAGCAGAACGAUGGACUCGCUCGAAGAGUAUAUGAGGCCUCUGAUGCUGUCCUUCAACUACAGGGUUUUUAUGACGAGGUGGCUACUCCACUUCUCUUAGAGGUGAAUCUCGAUUAUCCUGGCAACGCUGUAACUGACUUGACACAAAGUCACUUUAGACAGUUCUUCAAAGGCUCUGAGAUUGUUGUAGCUGGACGUCUACAAGAACUUGAGACCAACACCUUUCAGACUGAAGUAUCAGCAAAUGGGCUGGGAGACCAGUUUGUGGUUGAGGGUCUAGCUAUUGCUGAAGAGUGGGACAGUGUGUUUCCUGAUCAGGAGUACAUCUUUGGGGAUUUCACAGAGCGACUAUGGGCAUAUCUGUCCAUCCAGCAGCUCUUGGAUAAAAGAGAGACAUGCUCCCCAGAAGACAAGGAGAACAUCACAGCUCAAGCUCUAGACCUUUCUCUGAGAUAUAACUUUGUCACGCCGCUUACCUCCAUGGUGGUCACCAAACCAGAGACCGAAGAUGAAGAUGAAACACUCAUUGCUGACAAGCUGACUGAAGAUCAGCGAGAGGACACAACAGAACAUGAUGUAAGUGCCAUCUAUGCUCUACCUCAAAUGCCUGGCAGAGCUCACCUAGGCCAAGGACUAAAACCCCAAAACUUACUCGCCUCCUAUUUUGUUGAUGGAGAUCCACACUUCAUCAUUGAGCUGCCAGAUCAGAAUGAUGCUCUGUGCUUCAACAUUGAUGACAAACCUGGUACCAUUUUCAACCUGGUUAGAGACCCACUUACAGGCAUUGUAGUGAAUGGCCAGAUCAUUGGAGAUAAAAAGGUCAUUCCAGGGACCAAGAUGCACACCUAUUUUGGGCACUUUGGGAUUGUUCAUGAGAAGUUUGGCAUCAGAUUGAUGGUGAGCACAAAGGAGAUCUUAGUGUCUGAAAAGGGAAAACAGGCAAAAUUCUCAUGGACUAACAACAAGACUUUAGAAGGACUGAACAUGGAUCUGCAGGUGAUCAAAGAUCGCAGUUUAACAGUGACCCUAAGGAACUCAGUCAAGUUUCUUAUUAUCCUGCACAAAAUAUGGAAGAUGCACCCAUAUCAUCAAGACUACCUCGGGUUCUACACCUUGGACAGUCACCUCUUUUCAAGCAAUGUCCAUGGCCUGCUUGGUCAGUUCUACCAUGGGCUGAACUUUGAGGUCAGUGACUUGUUUUCAGGCAAGGACCCUGAUAAACAAGAUGCCAACAUGUUUGUGAAAGGAAACAAGCUCACAGUUACCAGGGGCUGGAAGAGAGAUUUCAGACAGGACGUGAAGAACGGAGAAAAUGUGCCCUGCUGGUUCAUUCACAAUAACGGCACCGGGCUCCUCGAUGGAAUUCACACAGACUACAUCGUCUCUGGUCUCUUCAAAACAAUAUAGACAACAUCUGUCACUCAACCGACCUUUGCACUACACCCAAAGUACAUGUUAGCUUUCAUGUAGUUUUAAGUAUAUGAUGUGAUGGGUUUAUUUGGAUAUAAUGCGAAAUCUGACAAAGCUGGUUUAUAAAGCUGGUAAUGAUAGUAGUUUUUUUUUUUUUUUUUUUACAUAUAUAUAUAUAUACACUGGCAUUCAGUGAC